CCCUCGACUCAGGUCCUCGCCGUUGCUGUCGCCGUCAGUCGUCUCGUCAGUCUCGCACCCACGUUUCACACCCCGCCUCCAUACCAUAUCUUUCUUUACCUGGCAAGAGACCACUCUUCAGGGCCAUUCUUUUAAGCCCUACCACUCCUCGCACACACAGAGACAACCGACUUUCACAAUGUCUCCUUCAGCUGUUGAUCCUCCCGCCGCGGUCGGCUCCGUUAAGGUGUCCAAGGCCAACAUUGGCGUCUACACCAACCCCGCACACGACCUGUGGAUCAACGAGGCCGAGCCCAAGUUGGAGGCCGUUCAGGCCGGCGAGGGACUGCAGCAUGGCGAAGUCACGGUGGCCAUCAGAAGCACCGGCAUUUGCGGGUCCGACGUUCACUUCUGGAAGCACGGAUGCAUCGGACCCAUGAUUGUCGAUGGCGACCACAUUCUCGGCCACGAGUCCGCCGGUGAGAUUCUCGCCGUCCACCCCAGCGUCACCCACCUCAAGGUUGGCGACAGAGUCGCUGUCGAGCCGAACGUUAUCUGCAACUCCUGCGAGCCUUGUUUGACCGGUCGUUACAACGGUUGCGAGAAGGUCCAGUUCCUGUCCACCCCGCCGGUCCCGGGUCUCCUGCGACGAUACGUGAACCACCCUGCUGUGUGGUGCCACAAGAUCGGUAACAUGACAUAUGAGAACGGUGCCAUGUUGGAGCCCCUAAGUGUCGCCCUGGCCGGUAUGCAGCGUGCCGGCGUGCGCCUUGGCGAUCCGGUCCUCGUCUGCGGUGCCGGUCCCAUUGGUCUCAUCACCCUUCUCUGUGCCAAGGCUGCGGGUGCCUGCCCGCUGGUUGUCACGGAUAUUGACGAUGGACGUCUUGCGUUCGCCAAGGAGCUGGUGCCCACAGCCAUCACCCACAAGGUCGGCCGCGGAACCGCCGAGGAGGAGGCCAAGCGCAUCGUCGAGUCCUUUGGAGGUGUUGAGCCGGCCGUGGUUAUGGAGUGCACUGGUGUCGAGAGCAGUAUCGCUUCAGCUGUCUGGGCCUGCAAGUUUGGCGGAAAGGUCUUCAUCAUUGGUGUUGGCCGCAACGAGAUCAGCUUCCCCUUCAUGCGCGCCAGCGUUCGCGAGGUCGACAUUCAGUUGCAGUACCGCUACUGUAACACGUGGCCUAGAGCCAUCCGUUUGGUGGAGAGCGGUGUUGUUGACCUCAGCAAGUUGGUGACGCACAAGUUCAAGCUCGAGGACGCCCUCGGCGCCUUCGAGGCGGCCAAGGACCCCAAGUCGGGUGCUAUCAAGGUCAUGAUCCAGAGCUUGGACUAAGCCAAGCCUGGUGGUUAGACGAAACGAUUGAUUUUUUUUUGGGCAUAAUAUGGCGAUGCUGGCGAUUUGGUGUCAUGGAUGGGUUUUUGACUAUACUUUAGAGAUGUGUUCCCAAUGAAUUCGUAUAACAAUAUGAAGCUUCAAUCAAAGUGACGAUUCUUUACUGUUGAUGAUAGUUGACGGACCAUGUGAAAGAAGGGUGAUGCUGAUGGUGAUGAUAAGGUGGGAUCCGGGGUUGUACCUUAAGUCAGUGACAAACUGCAACCUGGGAAUGGACAGACGAGGAUGCAGUGCCUAGGUAUCCAUUCAUGGCAAGAACCCA